AUGGCACUCCUGAAAGCAUUUUGGGUACAGGUCGGUCCACAAGAUCACCAAUACCAGGCUACUUUACAGGUCGGUCAGCAUGUGGGCUCCGAGGACACGGAAGAAGAGCCCACCUCUACCUCGACAUCAGCCUCGCCUGAUAAAGAUCACCACGAGCACCGCCGAGCCAAUUUACAGCUCGGUGAGCUUGUGGCCGAUGAGCACACGUUGGUUGGUGAGCCGCCGCUGAAGUCAACAAAUAGCCAAGCGGAGAAGCAUUAUUUUGGGUGUGAUCCGCGGAUAUUAGACUCCAAGCCCUUAAUGCACCUGCGUGAGGCUACUUCUGUCUCAACGACGCAAAAUGCAGAUUGCCCACCACACCAACCACACCACCAGCAUCAGCACGCCACUUCACAGGAAGCUCGGUGUGUGGGAUUCAAGCACACUGUUGCUGACAGCCAGAAGUCAACAGACAGCCCAGCUGACAUCAAUUUUGGGUCGGAUCCGCGGAUAUUGUAG